AUGGGUGGAGCAUGCUCUGGAACAAAAUCAUAGAACAAAAAAUAGAAACUACAAUCAUAGGAAUUAAAUAUAGUUGAAUAACCAUAUUUGGAAGUGCUAUCCAUUCCUCAAAGUUAAUCAUCGUCUAGACCUCCUGAACAGAGAUGCGAAACUGCAUAAUCUGUUAAGGAUCUUCUUAUAUUAUACAAAAAGUUUACAGAUUUUUUCGGAUUAGUUGGAAAUUUAGAUCAUUUACCAUAACAUACAAGGGAAUAAUUACACAAUUGUAUUAUUUAGAGAUCUAAUAUUAAUAUUCUUAUUUAGAAUAAUAUUAAAAGAAUAAUGAGAGAAUAGCAAAUAAUCAAAAGGGUUGAGGAAAGCGAUUAUUAUUUAAUUCAUAAUGAUGAAAAAUUCGCCAUAACAUUUACAUAAAUUAUGUAAAAAUUAUCAACCAUCAUAUUAACUGAACUAAAAGAUGACUAAGACUUUUAAGAAGCUUUCCCAAUGCUCAUCGUUUCAUUCGUAGAUUUGGCAUAACAGAUUAGUAAUGUUAUAGAAAAUUUUUAAAAUUUCAAAACUCUCUCUUCCAAAAAAUAAAGAACCAAACAACCAAUUUCGGAAGAGAGCAACAAUCAAAAGACAACAAAUAAGAUAUCUUUGUAAUAGUGA